AUGGGGUGGCUCGCUCCAGUCGUGAUUCGAGCAAAAAUUUUCAUCCAAUCCACGUGGCUGCAAGGAUUAGACUGGGACACCCCGCUGCCGCCAUCCGAAGCUCGAGAGUGGCAACGUCUUCUAAAAGAACUCCAUCUUCUAGAUCAGUUGCGAAUAAAACGCUGGCUCGGGACCGGAGCAGAUAAGACCACGCUGCAGCUUCAUGGCUUCGCCGACGCAUCCGAACGAGAAUAUGCCGCCGCAGUAUACAUCCGCAUCACUGAAAGGAACGAAACGUCAAUAAGGUUAUUGAUGGCCAAAAGCAAGGUAGCACCCGUCAAACAAGUGAUCUUGCCAAAGCUGGAGUUGUACGCCGCCACGCUACUCACCAAUUUGAUGCGACAUGUCAAACAAACGCUCGACCUGGCAACAUCAGACACAUACUUAUGGUCUGAUUCAACAGUGACUCUCCAGUGGAUUCGCGGUCACUCCUCACGCUGGAAGACUUUCGUCGCCAAUCGAGUCGCUCACAUCCAGACGCAGCUGCCUAAUGCACAAUGGAGACACGUAGCUGGUCGCGAUAACCCUGCGGACUGUGCAUCACGGGGUAUUAAUUCAAGCGAACUGAUCAAUCACGUUCUAUGGUGGACAGGACCUACCUGGUUAUCACAGAACGAAUCGGCCUGGCCAAAUUCCGAGAUAGAGAUCCGAGGAGACGACGUGCCAGAAAGGAAAGCCACGAGCCUGAUGACUGUGAACCGGGUCAUCGUCGAGCCAGAAAUCCUGCUCCGCUUCUCAUCACUGCAUCGCCUGCUACGGAUAUCCGCAUGGUGCCGUCGCUGGCUGCGCGCUUCAGAGCCGACUCACACUGCUGGAUUAACGUUGAGUCCGGAGGAACUUGACAUGGCACUCUUUCGUUGGCUUUGA